UAUCCCAGAACUCAAAUAUAAGGAUGAGGCAGUUUCCAGGGUCACAGAGAUUGAAGAAGCUCAAAGCAGACGCUAGGGUGGCGUGUCUCAGUAAUACUGAGGAAAAAGAGGGCUUCUCACUCCUGCACAACUGGGAAAGCAGUCUAACCAACAAGAGACCAACAGGAGGGAUCUCUCUCUGCAUCAGUAAGGUUUUUGGCUACUGAUGUUACAAACAAUAAAAUAUUGGCGUACAGAGUUGAGAAAAAGACUUAAACCAGGUUUUUUUAAAACAUUAGUUUAAAAUAUGGAUCCUGAAACAGGGGGACCAGAGAUUAUUAAAGUGACUCCUCUUCAACAAAUGCUUGCUUCUUGUACUGGAGCUAUACUGACAUCACUGAUAGUGACACCCCUGGAUGUUGUUAAAAUUAGACUCCAAGCCCAAAACAACCCAUUCCCCAAAGGAAAAUGUUUUGUAUAUAGUAAUGGACUAAUGGAUCAUCUAUGUGUCUGUGAAGAGGGAGGCAACAAACCAUGGUAUAAGAAACCAGGAAAUUUCCAGGGAACACUGGAUGCCUUUUUAAAAAUCAUUCGAAAUGAGGGCAUUAAAUCUCUGUGGAGUGGCCUUCCUCCUACCCUAGUGAUGGCAGUUCCUGCCACAGUAAUUUAUUUUACCUGUUAUGAUCAAUUAACUGCUCUUCUGAGGUCUAAAUUAGGAGAAGAUGAAACCCGCAUACCAAUUGUGGCUGGAAUUGUGGCCAGAUUUGGUGCAGUAACUGUGAUAAGUCCUUUAGAAUUGAUUAGAACCAAGAUGCAGUCUAAGAAGUUUUCUUACAAGGAACUGCAUCGAUUUGUCAGCAAGAAAGUGUCUGAAGAUGGUUGGAUUUCCCUUUGGAGAGGCUGGGCUUCUACUGUUCUUAGAGAUGUCCCUUUCUCAGCAAUGUACUGGUAUAACUAUGAAGUUUUAAAAAAAUGGUUAUGUGAGAAAUCCGGUUUAUAUGAACCAACAUUUAUGAUCAGCUUUACUUCAGGGGCAUUGUCUGGUUCUUUUGCAGCUGUUGCAACUUUACCAUUUGAUGUAGUAAAGACACAAAAGCAGACACAACUUUGGACAUAUGAAAGUCAUAAAAUGUCUAUGCCUUUGCGUAUGUCAACCUGGGUUAUAAUGAAGAACAUUGUUGCUAAAAAUGGAUUUUCUGGAUUAUUUACAGGUUUAAUUCCUCGCUUAAUUAAAAUUGCUCCUGCGUGUGCCAUUAUGAUCAGUACAUAUGAAUUUGGAAAGGCCUUUUUCCAGAAACAAAAUGUUCGAAGGCAGUAAUUCUAGUGAUGCUGUUUCAACUUGAAAUAACAACUAUAGCCAAAUAAGAUGGAGACUCUUUGGCAAGAAUUUUUUUCACGAUUAUUUUAAUACAAUUAUUUUAUGUCUUUCUUUCCUGUAACUUAAAUAAAUAGUUUCUACUCUACCUCUAAAUCAUAAUUCUAAUUUUAAAACAAAAUUUAUCCUAUUUUUGGUGAUAUUGAAAAGGAUAUUCCAGAAAUGGCAACCAUUGCACAUUCUUAUCUAUAUUAAAAAAAAGAAAAAGAAAAAUUGCUUCUUAGCACCGAAAGCAGUCUCCAGGAGUUUAAUAUUCUAUGUUUCAUGGUAACUUAAAUCUUACUGGGAGUGUCAGAUACUUUAGAACUUUUUGAGUUGUGUGCUGAGUGAUAUACAGAGUCUAGAAGAAAAAACCCAAGUCUUGUGCACAUUUAUAUCAUGUACAUCAGUAUUUCAGUAGUUGAUAGAAGGCAUUCAAACUUACCAAAUAUUAUGUGUUAUUUAUUUAAUUCAAAUACAUUGCCCCCCCCCAUGUUGUUUUAGAGCCUCAGGUGUAUUAGAAUUUCUCUCAUCAAAAGGUGUGGCUAUUUUAUCUUUAUGAACCAAAACAGAGUCUUUUGUGUGAUGUGGAUCCUAGUACUUGGGAUGACAAGAAGACCUUAUGUUUCUAUUGUUUCUGCAAGAGAGGGAGUUUUUGUUGUUGUUGUUGUUGUUUUCUGAUAGUAGCAACUGUUUUCAACUUGAGUGUGCAGUAGCAACCCACAUCGUAUUUAAGUAGUAAAAUAAAGUUUGGGCACAGGAAUAGCCUCUGUUCUUUAUUUUAUAAUCCAAGAAUCCUUGUUCAUGGAAUUCUCUAGCUCAUUUCCUCUGCUUUGUUCUAACAAGACAGAGAUCAUUACUACAAUAACAGUCAAAAUAUUUCCAAGAUGUCCCUUAAUUUUAUACCAUCUCACAUCACACGUUAGACCAACAGACUAAACAAGAAGCUGUUUCCUUGAAGACAUUGCAUUUAGUUCCUGUACAUGACUAAGAAAUUUAGUUUAUGACUGUAUGUAUAAAUGAGAUUUAAAGGAUAUAAUGGCAGGACAAUAAAUGGUAUUCUUUUAAUGCUUUUGCUUGAUUUCCUUAGGAUCUAACCUCUAAGAAAAAGCACUUUAUUGGAGUCUGUGUAUUUUAUGAAAAUGUGAAGCAUUUUUUCCUCUUCUAAAAUUGAGUGAAAUUUAGGUGACAUAUCUUCUUUAGUACUGGUAGAUGAAUUAAUGCAUUUUGUAUUUUAAUAAUAAAGUAUUUACUUGUUUCACCAGAAAUAAACUGUAUAGGGUUUAUAUGUAACUUUUUGUGUUUAUUUUAGCCUGUUGAUUUAUCUUAAAUUUGCAACAUAUGCAUUCAUAGAAAUACAAAUAUUCAUGGCUUUCUUACAUUUUUAUUAAAAUAUGCCUUCUCAAAAUUAUCACUGUGCUUCUAAAUAUUUUUAUAUAAAAUCAUUAUGUAAUGCUAUACUGUUAUAUAUAUGAAAGUUUAUCUUGAACACUGCUAUUAAACAGUGCCACAUUUAAAUUGA